CCUGUCACAAGUUCAAGAGCAGGCACGCGGCCCCGCCAACGACAGAAACGUCUCGACCUUUACGCGACGCGCACGUACGGCACGGUUACAGAAAAGCGCAGUGUUUUACGAGCGAUUCGAAUUCAGAAGUCGUAGUGCUUUUUUUUAAUCUAUAAGGUUUUUGCUGCCAGGUCGUCGGCCAACCAACGAUGCAGAACCUCAUACGAACAUCAAUGCUGAUCUUGAUUGCGGUAGCGGCCGUGAGCACCGCUCCUGCACAAGAGUCCAACGACAACAACCUGACCAACGACAAGAAGGAGCCGACCACACACGAGCUGCUCAGCUCCCUCGGCCUCAAGAAACUGAGGAUACCAGCGGCGCACCAUAGGAAACGUCUCGCGGAACAGGGCAGGAGACACGGCACGGGAGAUUCUAGAAUGUACGUCAUCAAACUACCACCAAACACCAGUUACUACAGUCACGUGGACCCUGCACCAGCCGCCGCUAGGACAUUACCUCUACAAAUGACCAGUAACGGGAAACCAGCUCGAGUAUACCACUGGAAUUUACCAGUACUCCAUAAAAUUGCUAAAACCAGACCCCAAGCGAGGUUUGACGACGAUGUUAUCGACGUAGAAAGCACACCGACGUGGCCUAAAGGAUCCAAUCACCAUCCUAAUUCCUUAGAAGCAUUGGCUUACUACGUUCCAGCGAAGAAGACAUCUUUCAGAAAGUAUUACUCAGGAAAUGGAAAGCCAAAGUCGUUCUACGUGCUCGAAAAGAACAAGCAUACUGCGGAAUAUCAUAAGCUUUUGCCGUAAAUGUAAUUUAAUAUUGUCUCGUCAUAAUCGAGGUAUAUAAUGUUUAGGGAGCAUUUGUAAUUAAUCGUAAUCCAUAGACGCAUAGUUCCUCUAUUUAAACUAGAGAAACGUAUGAAAAUUUGGCUUAUAUACAAAACAAUCCCAUCCAUAAAGACGGCAUUAAGUUGGAAAUAUGUUGAAAAUUUAAUGCUGGAAGUAAAAAUGUUAGCUGUCGAUAAAUUAAUUCAAUAAAACUAAAUAACCGACUAUAUUUUAAACAAUUACUCUUAUUAAAAUACCUUAGAGGCUUAAGACUAUUUAGGGCAUUAGUGUUGCUACCACAUAAAAGUACACAUUACAUUGUAGUAAUUUACUUUACUAUAAUAUCAGUAUAGAUUGUGUUAUCUGUUGUGCUAU